AUGGAAACGAGAAGUGCAAUGCACAUACUCAAUGCUCCAAGCACCAAAAGUCUGAAGUAUGCAAUCCGAUCUGGUCUCAUCAAGAACUAUCCUAUCACCGAGGAAGCGAUCAAUCAUGCCGAAGCAAUCUUUGGACCUGACGCCUCUACAUUGAAAGGCAAGUCAACAAGACCAACUCCAAAGAAGACGUACGACAACUUCUUCAGUCCACCAGAGGAAUUAUAUCAGCACAAUCGAUCUAUUACCGUCUGUAUUGAUCACAUGGAGACCGAGAAUGCUAAGUUUCUCACCUGCAUUGAUACCACUGUGCGUUAUCGCUCAUGUAUUCCUGUGCAGAACCUGCAAUUCGAUGGAACCCUGAAGUAUCGAAGCAAUUUACAUUGA